UCUGUGUUGACCAUGGAAUUUGGUUAGGAACCCCUGUCAGGAAAUGUUUGUUUAUUAUUGAACAUUUGGGCUAAAAAGGGCUUUUGUAAUUGAAUGUUUGUAUUUUAUAGCACCUACAAUGGUAUAGUCAAAAGUCGAAAAAACCACUGCAGCAGGAAAUCACUAGGCCAAAUCAAUAGGUAAAGUUAAGAACCGCCACUAAAUAACGGACUGGAAUGUAUCAUCACACUGCUAUUCUUAUCUUGGUAUAAAGUAAUUAUUUAUGCAAAUGGCAAUAAGCAGCUGUAUAUUUAGCGUUAAUUAACAGAUCUCCAGCAGCUUGUCGAAUAAUUUUACACGGAGUGGAUCCAAGAAUACGCGAAAUCCUUUAGUUAUUUCAAUCUUGUGUAGCCGCGAUUAAUGUUUCUCCAUGAAAAAUCAGCGGUGGGUCGCGGAUGUUUGUUCCCUUCUUUCCUUAAAACUUUGGAUACUUUCAUUGCUUUUGAUGUUUCCUGGAGGCUUGUCUAGAACGCUUAGAAUUGAGAUCAUUUUUCAAAACUCGGUAAUUUCCAACAUUUAUAAGUCUAGACAAAUUUCCGCGCGCGUAUUUAAGUAUAUAAGCGCUACAUUUAUUUGUUUUGCAAUUUCAUUUGUUAUCCUUGUUCAAUUUUAUGCCUGAAAAUGCACAAAUACUUUCACAAUGCGCUACUUCGUCCUUUCCAUCGCGUGGUACCCGGCUACGACAUCGCUCAACCUGAUGAGGACAAUGGAAAAUAUCCUGACUUCUGUAGCCAAAAAGGGCAUAGAGAAAAUGGUUUUCUACUUUGAAAUCGACGAGGAGCACCUACAGAAGGCGUCCGUAUCAUUCCAAGAAAUCCAGGAUUUGUUACCCAACUGGGAUACGAAAAUCACGCAACUUUACAAAUACGAGAACAAGGGCUUUUACGAAGUGGUUCUGCUGAUCAACGCCCAGUCCGAGGCGGAAGUUAAGGAAUGGUUGGAGCAAUACGAGGAGAGAAGCAAGUGCUCAUACACUGUAGCCUCCACCAGGAAAACCACCGGCAUGAAAGUGGGGUUUAAACAGUUCUUAAGGUGCCGCCACAACACCAACUACAAAAAAGGCAGCGGCGAUAGCAAGCGGCUGAGUAGAAACACCAAUUGUGAGUCUAGAAUGAUCGUCACGCUAAGAACAGCCACCAGAAAGAAAUACCGGGGCAAGCCCGUAAAUGCUCCUGAUAGGCAGUACCCGUGUGAAAUCAGGCUGCUCCCCUGCCACAACCACCCCAUCGGAUCUGAUGAGGUGUUAGGCUGCAGGCCAGUUUCAAAAGCUACCAAGCAGAAAUUGGCCAAUCUCUUCGAUUAUGGGCACACUCCAUCCACAGCAAUGGCAUGUUUGAAACUGGAACUGCAAUCUAGUCGCGAUGACUAUGAACACGCUUUAAAGGACAGGAGCAUCUGCCCGAAAUAUCAAGAUACCUUACAAUUGUUCAAUAGUCGCAGUAGAGGAAAAAGUGAAACCACCCGGGAGUUAAUGUUGGGAAAGAUUCGGGAGUUCAAUGAGCAAAGCCCGAACAGCGCAGCCAUUGAGUUUGUUGGGGAUGAAUAUGCAAUAUGUCUAUGCCCGCCCUUGAUGAAAAGGGCGCAUCAGAAAAGUACCGUUGCUUCAGACAUGGUCUUCGUGGACUCAACUGAGACAUCAACCCACCACGCAUCCAAGGUUCAUGUGUUGUCCACCACAUUUGAGUGUGGGGCGUUGCCUUUAGGCGUUUUAAUAACUUCUACAGAAGGGCUCGAUCUUAUCACACUUGCCUAUAGAAUGCUGAUGGAAUUAGUCGGAGAAUCAAUAUUUGGAGGAAAUCCCGAAGGUCCCCAACUUUUCAUGACCGAUGACUCAGCUGCUGUCCAAACUGCUUUGCAGAUUACAUGGCAGAAAUCUUCAGUUCUACUGUGCAACGCCCAUCUGUUGCAGUCGUGGUGGAGAUGGCUGAUCAAAGCAGACAAUGCCAUACGCCAGGACGAUCAGCCGUUGCUUUUUCACGAUUUUCGCGAUAUUCUGUAUGCUCGUACCAACUGCGAAUGCUCCACCAUGUAUGAGUUAGCCCUAAGCAGGGCAGCGCAAUACGGGAAUUACUGCGUGCGUUUACGGAACUAUUGGCAAAUAAAAGAGCAAUGGGCGCUAUGCUUUCGUCCUCAGCUGGCCAAUGGGAGCAAUCCAAAAAUCGAUAGUUCAGUGCGAAUAAUUAAGGACAGGAUCUUCGGACUGAUGAAGAAGUUCAACAGCAUUCAAAUGCUCGAUUUUGUCUAUAACAAUUUCACGCAGUAUUAUCAGAAGCGGCUACUGGACGCCUCUACAAACCGCCCAAUUCAAAACGUUCUGAGCCCGGAAACAACUUUGAUCCCAGGCGAUAUUCUUCACAAUAUAAAAACGUUGUCAGAGGACAUCUAUUGGGUUCCCAGUACGAAAAACUCUGAAGUGUUUCACGUAGUAAAUGGCGAAGCAUUGGAUUGUACAUGUAUUUACAAGAGGUCGCUGGAGAUGCUUUGCAAACAUAUCGAGUGGAUCUGCCUUUAUACCAAACCGGAGCGAUUCCAUGUGGAAAUAAGUAAUAUGGAACUGAGGGCAAAGUUUUACAUUGCUGAAGGAAAAUAUCCCAGGCAACAGCAGCUGUUUCCAGAGCGGAGCCAAUCAUCGGACAACUGUUCAACCGAAGUUAUCACCGUAUUGGUGGAGGAUGAGAUUAAGGACGAAGGCGAUAGUUGCAACGCGCGAACCAAUGAUGUGAUUAUUGAGGAAGGAACUGAGAUUGUGAAGAACAUCUGCACCCAGUUGACUAGAUAUUUGCGCGAAUCUCCCAAUCCAGCUCUCGUGGCUUUAAAGACACUGGAAUCCCAACUCCAGGGAGAGUUUCAACCGCUUUGCCAUAAACUUUCGAACGACAAAACGCUCUGAAGUUGCUGCUUGUAACCACAGGGUACAGUCUGCUGGGAGAAUUCAAUGAAGACUGGGCAGUCCGGACCCACUUUGCUGAUACAACGACCGAAAGGCGAAAUAUUGAAGGUAUGUAACUUAGCUACAGAAUAAAAUGGCAAUUGGACUUAA